CAACCUCUAGCUUCAGUAAGAUUUCGUAUGUUCAAAAUGAAUCAACCAGUCUUCCUUUUAGUAGGAGCUAUGCUCCUACUGACAGUCACUUUCCGUCCAACAGCGGCCGAAGUCGACCCUGAGCAGAGUUGCAUCCCGGGCACUAUCGGUUCCAUAAAAUCAAACCUGAUGCGAACGCUCAUCAUCUGUUACGUCUACGGUUGCCCGGAAGAGGUGACAACCUCAAUUGCUGCGAACUUCAACCAAUUCCACAACGCUGACCUAUACCCGAACAACGAUACGACCGCGGCUGCGGCUACCGCUCCGAAGACACCGGUUCAAGAAGUCCCCCUCAAGAUUCUCUCCAAGCUGGCGAAGCUAACGUCGGCGAUGGAAAAGGAUCGUACCGCUGCCCUAACCGCCUGCACCGAUUACGUCUCGCUUCUGAACAAACUCGUCGUGGAUGUUCUGCAAAUAAAGAGCAAGUGCUACCUGGAACCACAAGCCCAAUACCCUCCGGAAACGACGGAAGACGGAGGGGCCAUCGAUUGCGACGAGAUGACCGUUUACAUGAAACAGAUGAAGAAGUACUUCAGCACCCAGUGCGACUCCAAGGGUAAGAACUGUCCGGACAAGCUGAAGUCGGCCGUCAGUUGGUUCAGUCGAGCCUACAAGCAGAUGGGCAAGAGCUGCUACUACGAUGCGUACGAGUAUUUGGAUCGAUAGAUUGUGGAAAAUUUAACACUUUGUACGGGAUGAUUUGGAAAUAAAUCAAUCAAUAAUAGACAGAAGAA